AUGUGUGGUACCGAGCACAGUAACAUUAGAGACGUAAAUACAUGAACUUUCUGUCGCUCCAGCAUGAAGUUCAAAAUAAGGAAAAUGGUUAAAUGUCUUGGAGUUGUGUUGCUCGUAUCCUGCAUUGGGAUCAUCGUCUUCCUUUACGAACCGGAGGAACCCCGUGUGCCACACCGACAACACAUGUUAGAGUUAUUUAAACACAUGCAGAACCGAUCUCGGAACUCCUCCCAUCCCUGGGGAUACCGCCCUGAAGAAGUAACAUUCCAGAGAACGGUAUGGUAUCUGGCACAGGCCCGCCACAAUAUGACCUUGUGGCGCGACCUUGACCUCAUGAAACUGCAAGUACCACGGCCUCUGUUGGAGUUUACCAGCCACUGUUGGUGGGUGCACAACGUCACACCGAACCACUGCCCUUGGGCCAUGGAGCCAAGCAGGGGACCCAUGGCGGAGAUGGGGGAGACUGGGGUGCUGCGUUGCCUCCCCUCCUUUUACAUCAUAGGGCAGGGCGAGAGUGGGACCACCGACCUGUUCAACAAACUGACAAGACACCCCCACGUUGCCCCCCACACUAUGACGGAGACAGAAUGGUUGUCCCGAACACGACUAAUCGAAUCCUGUUCCUCCUUCGAGACGCAUCUGAAUCUGCUGCAGAUCAGCGCCAACUUCAUACAGAGAAACUACAAACAGAGUGUGGACCCUUACAUCACCGGAGAUGCCACGCCAGGAUAUUUCUCCUAUAACGACUUUUGGGAUAUGUUGCCUGGCAACGAAGGGUGUACCGAACCAUGUGUGACCAAUGCUGACAUCAUCCAUCAUCUGAACCCUGGGGCCAAGAUCAUCCUGUCACUCAGGAACCCCACAGACAGACUCUACUCCUAUUACAUCUCUAAGUCGGCUAAAUUAGGAAGGGUGGCGUCACAACAAGACUUCCACGACCUGGUCAACAGAGAGAUCGUUUCCUUCGUCGACUGUCUGGCGUCGCAGUCCCUCCGGGGAUGUUGUUACAACUACACCAUCGCUGAUUCCCUGACAGAAGAGAUCGAUCUUCGGCGAGGAAUCUACCACGUGUUCCUUUGGGACUGGAGGAAAGUGUUCCCUAGUAAACAGAUCCACGUCCAUACGUUUGAAGACUACACGAGUAAUAAAGCAAAACAUCUUGCAGAAAUCUUCAAAUUCCUGGAUUUAAAUGCUCUGUUUGAUUCCAAUCUGCACAGAAUCGCCGCAGCCAAUCAGGAACAGACUGACCAGACAAUUGGGGACAUGAUGCCGUGGACACGUUUCAUCCUGGACAGAUUCUACAAACCACAUAACCAAAAACUUGCAGCAUUGAUGGGGAAAGAUUAUUGGUGAUUUGGUAAAACGAGGAUAUUUUAUGAGAGGGGAAUGCCCGAGAAACUCUCCCUUGAGUAACUGUCCAAUAGAGAGUUACGAAGGUAUGCCCACACGUAGAUAACACCCCUGCUUUUUCUCUUCAACAAAACAUUGUAUUGUGUAAAAUGUAUCGUGUAACUAUUUUUACCAUACCUCCAUGUCCGAAUGAUUUAAUUUGAAUGGUCCACGUGAUCUUGAUAAAAUACUAAGUAUCCCGCCUUGGUGGGACAUACAUGUCUCAGCGGGAGAAUGUAUGCCUUACACCCCGCCAUGAACAAGACAGGCUUCACGUUGAUUAAUGAGAGGCAGAAAAUAUCCUUUAUAGCCCGCUUUGAAGCAAAAAACGUACGCUUUUUCGGACUUAACCUCAGCUCAAUCGAACAGCUGUUUUCUAUCAUUUUUUAAUUUGUUUUAAUUAUUUUACCAGGUGAUAUUGACGUGUCGGCAAGUCUCAUAGUCCGUCGCGAGUUGAUCUCAAGAGUGCAUGGUACACGACUUUCCAAAGUUUCAUGGGGUCCUAACCGAGUCUGUUAUCAAUCGCUUGCAAUUUUAAUAAACAUGCAUAGGAAAUAAAGAACCCUGAAAAAGGAUAUAUAAUUAUGUUUUUUUAAUUGUUUUUUAUCAAUAUGUUUUGUUAUGUUUUUAUGUCUGUAGGUUCCACAACAUUGCCUACGACUUUUGAACCAUGAUACAUUAACUCCGUUUCAUUGAUGACAGACGUUACACAGUCUCGACAGCCAAAUUAAGUCCAUAUCAUAGAAAAAGUUAGUGAGUGAGUAUGGUUUUACACCUACACCGCUUUUAGCAAUA